CGUUGUAGAUCUUGAAUGAUGUGAGUAUUGUGCAAAAAGAUAAAUAAUAACAUCAGAUUUUUGUUUAAGACGAAUUAUUGCUGUGCAGAGGUAACACCUAGCCACUGCUUGCAAAAAUCAAUCGUAUUUUCUUAAACAAAACCAGAAAAUAUUACGUUCAUUACUCCUUCUUGUCGGUUCCGCGCGCCAGAGGGUGGUGUGAAGAUUACAAAGGAAACAUAAACAAACAAAAACAACAGCAAAGAGUACUCUGUUUUGUAAGGAGGUGGGGUAGGUUGUAAAAAAAACAGUGUACACCCACAAAUGGAAUCGUAACACUGCUGCGCGUUGAAUUCGCUUCCCUUGCAUUACGGAAGCGGGUGAAAACGGUAAAGAAAGCAAACGAAGCGAAGUGCACGGUAUCGAAUACAGCAAGCAGCAGCAGCAAUAGCAGUUCAUCAAAACACAUAAAUAAAACAGGAGGGGGAGGUGCGAAAAACGAAUAAACACCAAAACAACAUAGUGAUUUUCUGCUGGGCACAUACGAACCGAAGGAAAUCGACAAUUGGUCGCUAUUGCUCCAAAUGCUGCAAACGUACGGUUGCUGUGAUGAAAUUGUAGAAAGUGCUACCAAUAUUGUGCUGCCAGUUCUGUUGAUCAGGAGCGACCACAACCCCUUCGAGCCAAACCGUCCUGCAGCGGUGCUGUUUGUGGUAGUGUUGGUGGUGGUGCAUCGGGAAAAUUGCGUCGUAUUACGUGCAUUGCUGGUGGAAGCGUUUGAUGGGCUUGUGGCGUCGAAGGGAGCGAGGAAGUACGCCACCGGAAGCGAAACAGCUCGGUGCUCUAACAACAAAGGGCGAACGUCAUCAUCGAUCCGAGGACAUCGGUGCGAACAGGGUAGAGUCGGAACCGUGCAGCCGUGAGGUGAAAGUGGUGACCGAAUCGCGUACCGAUCAAGGGCAUUGGCGACGUGCUGCUGUUGCUGCUUCUGUGUGCGGUACCAGCGUAAUGAGUAGCAGCCCAAACUGGGGCCAGCUGCCAGCCCUUGCGAUAACGAACGUUUUCCAGCACUUGGACCAUCGGGAUCGGUUGAACGCGUCAACGGUAUGCUGGCACUGGCGGUCGGUGAUUUUUCAACCAAGAUUCUUUAAACGCAUCCAGUUCGAUGUUGCCCGUGAGCAGAACAAAAAGAAUAGCUUCUUUUUGCAAAAACUAGCUCAUAUUGUAAGCGAUGUAAAGAUUACGUUCGAUUCCUGCAAUCUCUACGACGUUGAGUUGACAACGGAAAUUCUCUACAAACUCAGCAAAAGUGCACGUUUGCUCAAUCUCUCCAUCCUACCGAAGUACGCAACGCUCGUUACACCGGGUCGUUUCUAUUCCGAGGAGGAAUGGAACUAUAUUCUGAAACUCUUUGUUCAACCGCUGAUAGCACUGCUUAACCGCAAGAAUCCAUCACUUCGAGCACUGGAUUUGGGUUGUUCCGAAAUUCUUGCGCUGCAUGCAUCGGAUUUUCUGAAUUGCACUUCGAAGCCGCAGUAUCUGGAACGGCUUGCGUUCGCUACCGUCAAGCAGGAUCCCGGACACUACCCGCUGGGUUUGAUUGAACCACCGUUGUUUGAGAAAUGUACAUCGUUGCGUGUGCUCACGCUCGACUACGACAGUUUGUGUGAUGAGCUACUGCAAACGUUGCAGUUGCUACCGUUGCGACAGCUUAUCGUACACGUGCACGGUAUCGAUGAGGAUCAUUCCGGGCUGUCCGAGAACGCGUGGGCAAACUUUCGCAGUAAAAAUCCUGACACCGAACUGCAUGUAACGUUGGUGUGUGCAUACGAGGCGGUGGAAAUAUUGCACACCCACAUUCUCCGCCCAUCGAUGCCAUUGACGCAUCUGAAGGUGUUGUUCUGUGAGAAGAUUAAUUGUGAAGCUUUGGAAUAUCUUUCCCUGCACUACAAGGACACUCUUCGCAGCUUGAUAUGGGUCGAUUCUAUGCGCAUUGAGGAAUAUCGCAACAUAAUGGAAUUAGUGAUGCGCACGGAACAAGACCCAUUGGUGAUGAUGGCCUGGCGGUGCAAAAAGCUGCAAGAACUCAUCGUCCACGGUUACGUACUUGAUCCGCACAAUCUUGUCGGUGUGGCGCGUUUACGGGGCCGCGAACUCAACGUACUGGAGGUAUCCGGUAUCCAUCUGUCCAUCCCAUCCGUAAUGGUGACACCGUUCGUUGAUGAAAUUAGUGCACAGCUUGGCAAAAAAUGGUGUCCCUUGGAUGCGAAAACGCUUCCGCCUGCGCUCCGAUUUUAUCCCGUAUCGGACGAGGUACGUGAUCAGUACAUCUUAAAGUAUAUACGCAAGGAUGUAAUGGAGUAAGUGCAGCGUCGAACCUUUCGGCGUUCAAAGGUUCAAAGACGGCCGCUGCGUGUAGUGUAUUUGUUUACAUUCUACUAUAUUUUUGAUUAUGAUGAAGAUCGUUCAAAUUUACUGCAGUUAUAAUGUGAAUUCACAAGCACACAUAUAUACAUAGACGCACUUGUAAAAGCGUGUCACGUUUGCAUGGUUAGUAAGCAACAGUUUGGCCAGAAAGACAUGAACAAAGAGUGCAACAAACGUAGUUUAAAUACACAUUUUUCACUCCCAUCUGAUAAUCGAACAAUACAAUGUGCCACCACCGCUAAAGGGAAUCAUGUUUAUUCCAAUAGUCAAUUGCGUUCGUUUGUUUGUGGCUUAGGCACACAACAUAUUGCCGUAAGCAAGAGGCAGCAAAAAGUAGCAAGUUCUAGUGUUAGAAGAUCAAAGUGCUAUUGCAAUGAACUGUCGUAAGCAGAGGAGAAGUGUGAAGGAGCGAGAAAAAGAGCGAUGAAAUCAUUAUAAAACCACCUGCAAAACAGCAGCUCUCCCGGUACGGGUUAAAUGUUUGAAGAACAAGCGAACCAACGCGCAACAGCUGUCAACCAGCAUGGAAGAAGACUGAGAGCUUUAAAAACCACCUAGAGAAGUUGUACGAACGAGUAGUAUUCACACCGUCGCAAAGCGCAUAGCGCGAAAGGAAAGGUUAGCAAUUUAAUCAACAGCAAAUCCAUUGACGCAAACUACUGUGGUGUUAUCGAGAAAACGUGAAUAUCGGAUUAGGGUCAGACUUAUUUUUUGUUUUAACUUUCUUCCCUAAAGUGAUCGUUUCCGUUUCCGUGUUUCGCAUGGUAAUAUGUUUUCUUUUCCCACCCGAUAAUGCGAACGAAUCAUCUGUAAGCGAAGGAAAGGAAGUUUACACAUAGAAAAUAGUAAGGGGUUUAUUUAUAUACACGAAUAUAUUUUAGUAAAUCGACUAGAGCUAAGGCGAAAACAUGGAAAAAGUCCACUCUUGGCAGCAAAAGGAAAGUGAGCACUCAUUUACGAUCACGAUCCGGCGUGCACAUAUCCACGAAGAGGCGAAACAGCGGACUUGACAAGCAAUCAAGAUCUCUCGGUACAUGACGUUGAAAGACGAAACCUAAAAGCGCGUCCCAAGUAGGUCAUCGAAAAGCCCAUUAACGGACAAUGUUCCCUAACGUUGAGAGUUUAUUGCAAAUUGAAGCAGUCAUAGAAGCAAAAACGCAAAAAUGUACUCAAUUCGACUGCAAUCUUGCCAUUUUUGGGUGGGUCCAAUACCACAAAACCUACCAACAACGCAUAACAAGGAACGAACAACACAAACCGCAACCAAUCUGUGAUGAUAAUUACCACUCUUGUGUUACUUAGAAAAGGAAACGAAACCCAGCCGAAACCAUUCUGUUCAUGCACGGAACAAAAUAGGAAAAUACUAAAUUACACCAAAAAGCGCUUCCGCGUUGUUUAUGGACAUUUGGUGCGUAAUUUGUUUGGUGUGCUAUUGCGUACGCACACGUACAACUAAAUUGCAGAGAAUUUAUGUUGCGCAAAAUGUACCUUAUUUAUUGUAGCAUAUAUUAUUUGUGUUUGACUGUGUCUGUUAUGUAGAGAGGACCAUUUGUACCUCGGAAAUUUAGAGCCCGGAAACCACCAAGUCCAAGAGAAUUUACAUCUUGUGCAUACGCUUAACACACGACGACAUCCUUUUUCUGGGGCUUUUCUGUGUAGCGGAAGCUUGCGAAGAAAAGGUCUGAGUUGGCAACAGAGAAUCUCGAAUUUGCUGGUUUAUGUGACAAAACCCAAAUAUUGACGGUAUCACCAUCUGUGGCACUAGCAGCAAAUCCCAUAGGGAUAGUAGAGGUAAUUUAUUGUUCCAGUACUCACUUGAGCUUCCGCCGCUAGAAUGUAAAGAAGCCGCUAGAAUUGUAAAUGAUCGAAGGAGUGAUCACGUGAGUGGAAUGACACCUCGAUAUUUCUUUUUGUUAGGUAUCAUUUACGUUGCGUUGCUGAAAUUCUAGCCAAAAUGAAUUAAUUUAAAUCUGCUGGUCCCAUGAUCAAGAAUCAAAAACAUUUUUUUAUCGUAAUCUGUGCAAAUGGCGAUUAAGAAAAAAAAUGAUAUAAGUAAACACUUUAUCCGAAGAACACGUGUACAGAUGAUAAUGAUAAAACAAUUAAACGAAAAAAAAACAAACGAGAUAAAACAGAUGAGGUUUAACGUGAGAUGUAGCAAACAUCACUACCGCAAAAGUCACAUUUCCAAUGGAAGAAAGGAUUAAGCUCUCAACAGAGUACUAACUUACUAUGAAUUAUAACAAAUACAACAUAAACUGAAUGAAACUAAAACACCUCAAUAUGUACGUGAUGGUUUACGGUGAAGUGAGCAAUGGAAAAAAAUUAGUAUCUUACGAGGCUAGCUGGCUGGCGUACAAGAAAAACAAACAUAUUAAACAAGCAAACAAUCUCAACCGACUUGUAGAAGAAUACAAACAAAAACCCAACAAUUUAGCACAAGCAAAAAGAAAACACCAUAAGCCGUCCUUUACAAAAAACACGAGAAGAAAAUGAUCGAGUAGAACAAGACUAACAAGAUUUAUGUGCAAAGCUGCAACGUGACGUUAACAAAAUGCUAUUAAAAAGCAAAAUUACGCGAGAAUUGAGAAAGAACGAAUAAUAUCGACAAGGUGAUAGCAGUGCAGAGAUACUUUAAAGACAAACAGAUCAUUAAAUGCGCAACUGCUAUAAUACAAGACGAUGGUUGCAAAAAAAAAAAUAACUAAAAGUGAUCAUUUUAUAGAAGAACAUGAAGAUGAAGAAGACAAAGACAAAGAUGAAGAAGGGAACAAAACACUGUCUGUUACAACAAAGUGUGCCUAAAAUUGAAAACAAAACGAUAAGAAUAGUGCAGUAACAAUGUAAUAAAAUGGGCGAGCUGCAAGUGAGAAGGAGAGCGAGAGAAAGAGAGAUUACUAAACAUAGAGGAAACAUUGAUUAGGUCAUGGUUGUUCCGCAGGAUCAGAACAACCAAGUGGACCAGGCACCAGGGACAUAUUCCGAGAGAUCUAAGAAAAGGUAGCAAUGAUAGCGGGCUCUACAAAAAAACGAGUAACUACGUUUACUUUAAUAAUUUAACAGUUUAUGUUUCCGAUGAGAAACAGAAUCAAUCAAGGUAAAACAACACAGGCGUGUUUAACGAAAGGAGGUAUAGCGAAAUGGAUUUACCAACAGCAGAUACAAAGCAACAAACAAUUCCUUUACAUUAACACAAAAAGAAACCUACAUCUGUGAUACUAUCAAAAAGGGAGAAAGAGAUCGAAAUCCAUUAAAAGAAGACAAACAAAACAAGCAGACGAAUAUAGCAGAAAUGAACAAUGUUCUGUGGGAGGUAAAACAAAUUAAGAAGAAUCAUAAAAAACCACCAAACAUACAAAUAAACACAGUGCAAUCAAAAGAGAAAAAAGAGUUCUCAAUAAUAAGCAAGUGCCAGUAGAAAAACAUACGGUGGACGAGUGUACUAAAGGUGCAAAAGAAAUUUAACAACAAAAGUCAGCCAGCGAAAACAAUGCUUACUCGCGUAUAAAUGAGAUAACCGUAAAACCUCAAAUGAAAUGAACAUCCAUCACGAUGAGAGGUGAACGUGUUCAGGGAACAACGCAAGGAUCCCGAAACUUACGAUCCGACGGUAAAGCUGACAGGGUCAAUUUGCCGGCAAACCCAAACAGAGGAUGGUCUUUAAAUUUCGUUUCCAAAACAAAUCCUUUUGCCCCUUUCGGUGUGACUAUCAAUGAUAUGAAAACAGGGUUUAUUUUUCUUAAAUAUACAGCAGAAUUAUACAUAUUGUGCCACUGGUACAAUGGACAGUCCUAAAUGAACAUGGUAAUGUGCCCAUCGUGUGGAAUAACAUUGCGAACGGUUCCGAACCAAAUGUAAAAGUUUUGUGUUACCACUUUAUUUGCCUGGCAAGUGGUUCGGUCACCGUACUUCACAAACACAAAAAGUGAAAAAAACAACUCUAAAUGCUGUAAUAUAUUUAUAACAAAUGUUGAACGAGAAAUAAAAAAAUGAAAACAACUCCGAAAGUGUGUAAGAGGAGAAAACAAUAGUAAUAUAAACACCAAACACAGCUACUGACGACAAUUACAGCAAAAGAAAAACAAAACAACAACUAGUGAGAUUAGUAAACGAAUACAAUUCAAUACGAGGAACGAAAGCGGGAAAAGUCGAGCGUAUCGUAACAUCGAACACUUAAGACAAGUGGUAAGGUAGUGUAGUGUACAUCUUGAUAAAAAUGCAAACAAAUAUCAAACAAAAUGGUACGAGAGUGCUUAACAUAUAGAACAUACAAUGGAUAUUGAUAAAUGGUCACCAAUUUUAAUAACAGAUGCAAAACAGGUGCAAAAACGUUUUUAUUCCAUGUGGGAAGGUACAAGCUGCGUAGGUGGAUUUGAAACAAGAAAUAAUGUAAUAUAGUGUACAAUGGAAUAGUGCCAAUCAUAAGGUGAUGCACUAUUUAACAACAUGAGCCUGUAUCGGAAUAAAAGCUUGCCUGGAGCCGUGCUCACAAAUAACUUAGACCAAUUGUGGCUAACGAUGGAAGUAGAGAUGCUAACAAGUAUGAAGCAACAAUGCUAACCCAAAACAAUGGAAGAAUAGAAAGUUUCAAGCAACAUCUGACAGUGUGUGAAUGAAACAACUAUUAAAGCGAUUUAAAUAACACGAAACAGCACAAGAUGGGUUGACUCAACAUUCAACACGAGGCAAUAAGAACAGUCGUUUAGCUCGAGCGAAUAGCUGCCAAAAGAUAAUAACAAGCAACAAGCUUCUUCCUGCUACUAACAAGAUGCAAGACAUGUACAAGGCCAAAAAAAGGGGCUUGACAAUAACAACUUCGCAGAGGAGCUAAAGAGUAAAGUCACGUGAUCGAUGAUCGAAGGGAGUAUAACAUUCAAUGGAAAGGAAAAAACAAACUGUGCCAGAGAAACAUACAUUCCACAGGAGCAAAAGAUAAAACUGUUUAAUAGGCAAACAACAGAGUUUUUUAUGUGUUAUAAAUGAAAUGAAUAAAAACAAGGAGAAGAAAGCAAGUACAUUUGAUCAUUUUGAUCAACAGGAACAACAAAGCAACAGGAAAAGUAAAGCAUAUAAAGAUCGAUUCUAUAUUUUGAUAGUGUCUCACGAAGCGGAAUAAGAGAAGAAGACAGAGAGAAUGAAAAUUGUACAACACAUGUACUGCGAUAAAACAACAGCCAAAGUAUUAAAUCAGCACACGAGAAUCCCCUUCGGUAGAUGCUUAUAUAACAAAAAAAACUUCUAGGUGGAGCGCUCAGUUGCAAGAGAAAUAUAUAGCGCUGGAAAAUGAUAAAGAAAGAGAUAACAAGUGUGUAGCAAAAAGAAAACAAAAAACAUUCAUCAAGAGCGUUUUCAUGAAACAACAUUACAAAAACAUAAACUUUUAAGCGAAAAAUAUGAAAGUAGAACAACCAAGUGUGGAAAAUGCGAAAAAAAAACGAAACUAAAGAACAAAACGUUCAAGAAGCAAGAAGCUUGACAUUAACAUCAUCUGUGAUAAAAAGGUAACACACAAGAGAAACAAAAUGCUACAUAAGCAAAAGCAAAGAAACAAACAAACGUAACGAGUCACAUAAAAAUAAACCUAAAACUAUAUGACCGCGGUGCAACUUAAACCGGGCAUUAACUGACACAGCAAAAACUGGAUCGAACUAAUCAAGAAUGGUGGUUAACAGCAAACAUGAAACAAAACAAAAUAACUAGCAAACAAACUGAAGCUCAACAUGAAUCAGCGUUUGGAUUUGUGUAGAUGAAGGAAUUAUUAGGUGAAAAACAAAGUGAAAACAUGUUUAACAUGAUCAAGCUUCUGGAACAGACGAUAAAAUUUUUCGUUUCCUAUUGAAUUUUAUUAAAGGACAUAAAAAGUUUGUCUUUGGUACUCAUCCUUUUUUGUUGAACAUUUUCCACAAUAUAUGUGUGAUGGAACUCCUUUUUUGGUUUAUAAAAAAUAAUAUUAAAAUCCUCCCAUGCAAAUAAUAGCACCCGACCGUCUGUACGAAGUAUUUCCCCUUCAAAAUAGAGGUUCCCUAUUUUUUCAAUUCAAUAUUUUGUAGUGAUUUUGUUUAACGUGUUUGUUAUGUUACUUUUAUCCAGAGAACCGGUAUAUAAUAAGAAAGUAAUACAUAGGAAAUCAAACUAAAUGAGCAGAAAACGUAACGAACAAAAAAAGAAAAAAAAAAACAAAUUGCUAUCAAGGCUCAUUUUGUUCAAAUAAUCAAGUGUAAUAGUAAAGGGGAAAACAAAACACUAACAAAAAACUGAAAAAUCAAUCAAAUGCGUAAUAUUGGAGUAGUAGCAAAAACAGUGUUGGUCAGGCCACAGCAAGCGCUGGAAAGUGCUGCUAUGUUUGUGUGUCGUGUGUGCUAUGAUGAUAAAAAAGAAUUUUACUUCUUAACCAGGAACACUAUGCAGCUUAACAGGCAUGCCCAAAAAUUCAGUUGAGCGCUACGGCAUAGAUCUUCGGAUUGAUCGGAUACGCGAUAUAGCAAGCAACUGAUAAUGAUUAUCUAAAACAGCACAAUCCUUACAUAUUGGUUGCUAUUGAUGUAAUUACGCAUCGCCUAAAAGUAACGCAAAACUUGUGAUACGGUGCUCUCUAGAACACGUAUCACGAGCUGAGAAUGCUAGAGAAUAAAAAUUUCCUCUCUAUUUAUCAUUUGUUUGAUGAAAAUGCCAACAAAAGGCAAAGUUAAUUUUGCUUUCCUUGCGUGAAUUUCUGCAAUGCUAAUUACGCUUUGCACUCUUGCAUGUGGAUCGCAAUGCCAAAACAAAGAAACAAACAAACAAAGGGUUAGUGUAAUUUGGCUCAUUCGUUGUGCACAAUCAAGGAAGAAAAUGUGUAUGUGUUUUUGUCCCCGUUUUACUCCCUCAAUAUAAAUGGAACAUUCAUUGUGUGAACUAUUCUCAGCGCGUAGUGAGCGCGUAUGAUAACCACCCAAAAUAUGCAAAUGGGUCAUAUAUAAUGAAAUUGCAAAUAAAAGGAUAUUGUAAAUCCACGUUAUCCCUAAA